AUGAGGAUCAAGUCCAGGAAUGGGAAGUGGGUGGUUGAUCUUUUGGGAAAAGAACACAACCAUCCUCUAGUGGAUCCUAGCCAAUCUUUUAGAUUUCGGUCACACCAGAAAUUGACAGAUGCUACAAUGCAACUAAUUAACAAACUGCAUAAAUGUGGGAUUAAACAGAGCGACAUCAUUUCAAUUGUAUCGGAGUUUGCCGGUGGAGAGCAGAAUGGUAGUGUCAAUGAGGAGCGUUGCCGGAAUAUUUUUAGAACGAAGCGUAGGAAAACCUUAGGUGUAGAUUGUCAAUUAGCGGUCAACUAUUUGAAGAGCAAAGGAAUUUCGGAUCAACAGUUUUUUUAUGCAAUCAGUAUGGACGCGGAGCAGCGAUUGAUAGGGCUUUUUUGGGUGGAUGGUCGUUCAAGGGAACAGUAUAAAAAUUUUGGAGACGUGAUUGUGUUUGACACAACCUACAAGAAAAAUAAAUACAAGUUUUCAUUCGCUCCAUUUACGGGUGUUAAUCAUCACAUGCAAUGCACACUCUUUGGUUAUGGGUUAAUAGCCAAUGAAACCAAGGGAUCAUUCAUAUGGCUGUUUCAGUCGUGGCUUAAAGCAAUGGACAAUGUCCAACCAAAGUCAAUAUUGACCGAUGAGGACCCGGCUAUAAUGAGAGCAAUUAGACAUGUUUUCCCAUCUUCUGUACAUCAUCUUUGUGGUUGGCAUUUGGAGAAGCAUAGGACCAGUCACAUGGGGCCUUUAUACAAGAAAUACCCCGAUAUGAAGAACGCAUAUUAUAGUUGCAUACAUGAUUCGAAAACAAUUGCAGAGUUUGAGCAAAAAUGGGACGGAAUGAUUGAGAGAUUCAAUUUACAAGACCAUAAAUGGUUGAGGAGACAGUUCAAACGAAGGAAGCAUUGGGUUCCACGUUACUUUCCUGACAUUUUUUGCUGGUAUGAGCACAACCCAGAGAGGUGA